AUGAUGCCUGAGAAUGCCGAGCGCUACGACUUCAAGGAGCUCUUGAAGCUUCCGGUGGGAGAGGCCACUGAUGUGGAAGAGUUCCUUGGCCCCGUUCAGGUGGCUUGGGUUCCCGGGAAAGGCCGGGGCCUCGUCGCUGCCAGAGACGUUGGUCUUGGGGAGCUCCUCUUCGUGAACCGGGCCUUUCAGGUGGCGGAGACUGGGAAGCUCCUCGAGGCCACGCUUCGGAAGUUGGAGGAUCCAAGGCGAUGCUCCGACGAGGAGUUCCAGAGCUUCUUCCGCCUCUCCUCCGGCCAAGGAAAGGGCCCCUUACCAGAAUUCCCAGAGCUGAAGUGUCGGAUGCGUCGGAGAGACUCGCCUCAGCCGGAUGUGCCCUUGCGGUCUGUGAACCGAAGACUGGUCAAGGACAUAUUGGACUCGAACGCCCACGAGCUCGACACGUCAGAUGUCGCCAAGUUGCAGUCGGCCGGGAAGCUCUCCUCCAUCUUCUUGACGGCAUCGUUGGUGAACCACUCCUGCCGCCCAACUGCCGCACGCGUGUUUCUUGGUGACUUGAUGUUCGUGCGGGCAGCCCGAGACCUCAGAAUGGGAGAGGAGAUUACGGACGGAUACAUCUCGGUGCUGCAACCGGUCUUCGAACGCGUGGCGGGGAUCCGGAAGAGGUACGGCUUUGAGUUGCACGAGGAUCGCGGCGUCGUCGAAACAGCCCUGCUCCCCGAGCCGGAGGUGAGGGCAAUGCUGCGGGAGAUGGAUGAGGUGGAGUCUUUGGAAGAGUUCCAGGCUUUGUCUGAGAAGAUCCAGCGACUGGUCCAUGGGGCCAUUUUGCGGCUGCCGAGCGCUUCUGCAGCCGUGCAGCAGGCGGCCCAGCGACUGGGCCUUGGCCUGGGGCUUGAGAAGUUGCUGCUUGGAGGUGCCGGAGAGGUGCCAGUCUUAGUGGCCACAGCGGCACUCCUUGAGCACUUGGGCCGACUGAGAGAAGCUGCCCAAGCCUACAGCCGCUGCUGUUGGCUCAUGGAGGAGCUAGCGCCACACAACGCCUACCAUGCCAAGUGGGCAUUGGAGGCACUGCUUUGUGCAAACCGCGCUGGUUUGCCUCUGGCAGAGUAUGUUGCAUAUGCCGGCAAGGUGCUCGCAUGUCACAUCGGGCCCGGGACGCUUGAGACAGUGUUGCGGUGCCAGCUUGGCGAGAAGCGGAGCCGCUCCUUGCUGGCAGGUCACUCUGCUCAAGUCAGGAGCUGGCCACCUGGGGAGGUCGGCAUCCUGCACACGCUGCACACGCACGGAGACCCCGGGUCCGUGUCCAGCAUGGACCUGGAGUUCCACUUGGACGAGAAGGUUUCGCCUGCGGAGGUGGAGAUCUCGGUGAACCAGAUGCUGCUCUACGUGCAAGUGCGGCAGAAGUGCUUCUACUUGGUUCUGCCCGGAAAGGUGGACGGAGAGCCUGAGCCGAUUCGACUCUCCAUGCGAGGCCCCGGCUCAGUGCGGUGGCCCUGCGCAGCUGCCCUCAUCAUGGUCGUCCAAAGGCUGUGGAACUUUGUGAAGCGGCACAGGAAGAAGCUCAUUGCGAGUGGCAUCAUCGCUGGUGGGAUAUGGUAUGCCCUGCGUGUGUACCUUCCGAGAGCGCAGCAGCGGAUGUUUGACGAGUUAAUGAAGGCCCUGCAGGAAAGUGGCAGUUCCUCCGACGACAGCAAGGCUCAGCAAAGGAGCCGAGCGCGGUUUCAAGAGAACCAGCUCGUCUCCGAUGACUACGCGCGCAAAGGCCUGCGCUCCUACGAGCCAAAGCAUGCCGGCUGCUUCAAGAUUGACAAGUGCCAACAGGAGGUGAAGGAAGCCAAGGCCAAGGACAAAAAGAUCAUUGCUUUCAAAGCGCUGCAGGAGGAGUGCCUGUCUCUGUUGGCCUCUGCAGUCUACUCGAUCCACGUCAACCUCCUGCUGCACCGCAUCAUAAACAAUAUCGCUGGCCGGGAGGCAAGGGGGCGACUCUCCCAACAAGGAGCGGGUGCGACUUCCAAGGCCAAUGGCGAGGAAGAUGCAUCUUCCAUGAAGGAGUUGAUCGACUCCACCGAGUACUUCCUGAAAGAGGGCCCUGAGAGAAUGGCCGCCGCUGCGCGGAAAGCCGUCAAGGCUGCUGCAGAAGCGGUGCCGCUUCCGCCAGAAUCCUCCGUGAACUCUGAAAGCCUCUCCACCUUCUUCGUUGACGUCUUCAACCGCAUGGAUCAGGACGUCUGGGAGAACCAGAAGGGCGCCUCGCUGCUGCCGCCGGCGCAGGACCAGGAGAAGGGAUCAGGAAAGCAGCCCACUUUCGGCCCCAUGGCUAGACUAGGCGCCAUCGACCUCAUUGUCUGCCUCUGA